AUGGCAGCUGGGCCAAAUGAACGCGAGGAGUGGGUGGGCAGCGCAUACCUUUUUGUGGCGUCUUCGGUGGACAAGAUGGCUCUGUCGGAUGCCUACGCUCAUCCCCAGAAGAAGGUGGAAGUGUACAGCGCCCUGCGGGGUGCCUUGGCAGAGAGCUGCGGGAGCCCGGACCAGCUGCAGAUACUCAAGAUCCACCGCAGCGAUCCACAGCUGAUUGUGCAAUUGCGUUUCGGCGGGCGCCAGCUUUGCGACCGCUUCCUCCGCGCCUACCGCGAGGGGGAGCUGUGCGCCGCGCUGCAGAGCCGCUUGGCAAUGGCGCUGGCACUGAACUCCUUGAAGUUGCAGCUGGAACUGCGCGCUGGUGCUGAGCGACUGGACCCUUUGCUGACGGAUGAGGAGCGCUGCUUGAACUGCAUCUUCGCCCAGAAGCCCGACCGGCUGCGGGACGAGGAACUUGCUGGACUGGAGCAUGCGCUCCGGAACCUGACGUGCGGCCUAGGGGGCCAGGGUAGCGACGUGGAGGUUCUUCCGGCCCCCUUGCAGUCCCAGGCCCCCGCUCCGUCGGAGGAGAAGCCACCGCCACCGCCGCUGUCUGGCCAGACUUUUCUGUUUCAGGGUCAGCUCAUAGUUAACCGGCCACUGAACCUACAGGACCAGCAGACGUUCGCGCGCCUGGUGGGCCUCAAAUGGCGCAAGGUGGGCCGAUCACUGCAGCGUAGCUGUCGGGCACUGCGGGACCCUGCGCUGGACUCGCUGGCCUAUGAGUACGAGCGCGAAGGGCUGUACGAGCAGGCCUUCCAACUACUGCGGCGCUUUGUGCAGGCCGAGGGCCGCCGUGCCACGCUGCAACGCCUGGUGGAGGCGCUGGAAGAGAACGAGCUCACCAGCCUGGCGGAGGCCUUGCUGGGCCUGGUGGAUCCCGAUGGCCGCCUAGUUUAG